GUUGAUUUCCGGUUCAACAAUGGCGGAGGAAGAGUUACCGUCUGGGUGGGAAAAGCGUUUAAGCAGGUCUACUGGUCAGCACUAUUACCUGAACGUGUACACAAAGGAGAGCCAGUGGGAUCGUCCAGAAAAGCCAGCGGAGCCUGUGUCCAGUGGUGGACCAGACCAGGUCCAGUGUAGUCAUCUACUGGUGAAGCAUCAGAAUUCUCGGCGACCGUCGUCGUGGCGGGAGGAUGAAAUAACUCGCACCAAAGAAGAUGCUUUGGACCUGGUGAAGACCUACCGAGAGCAGAUCGUCUCUGGCCGGGCCUCCUUCGCCGAACUGGCACAGAAGUUCUCGGACUGCAGUUCUGCCCGUCGAGGCGGAGACCUUGGUCCCUUCGGGCGGGGCGCCAUGCAGAGACCAUUUGAACAGGCGGCAUUUGCCCUGAAAGUGGGGGAGCUCAGCGAGCCUGUGACCACUGACUCGGGCGUUCACAUCAUUCUGCGCACUGCUUAAGUUGCCACUUUAAACACCAGCGAUUCCAUUUUGACUGUGCUACACCACUGUUCCAUUCCAGCAGUCAGGAUUGUGAUAUUCUGCUUCCAAACUUUAGCUCAAUUCAUUGUUGUUCUGUUAAGUUAACAUAUUCUUUGGUCCACCAAUACGCAGGACUCAUGCUAUUGUUUUUUUUUUUUGUCCCAAACUGGUUGCUAGUGGCAAGCGAAACAUGGGCCGAGUCCUAUGUGCCUAUAGAUGCAUCCUGGCCAGGCUAAACCUCUUCCAUUUUGUGUUUAAUAUUUUUUUAUAUAGAGUUACAGCGAAGUAAGCGUAUGGAAGUUUCAUUAUCCAUUUCAACUAUUCUAACUUCAAUUUAUAUGAAUUUCAGAAAAGUACUGGAUAAUUAAGCUUCAUCUGUGAUGAGCGUGAGAUGGAACGUAGUUUUCUUGUGGCGUCACUGGGAUCUGAAGUUGGUGGUUCUGAAUUAAUAAAACUGUAAGCCAGUUUUUUCAUUCUAAGUAAAGAAAUGCAAUUGUGAGCAUCGUGUGUAUCGUCGCAAGAUCGACUUCUAUAUUCAAUGAAAUAUCAUCGCCGGACGCACAUGCCACUUCAUUGAGAGACCCGUGGGUUUACUCUCAAGACACAGAGAAUGGUGCCAUGAGAAGAACAUGAUUUCAGAUAUAAUGUUGAAUGCAGACGGGAGCCUCGCAAUUUGCCGGCCACACCAGAAGGUGCCAAGGGUCUAACACUUUUCCAUCGACAAUUUCCAGUCGGUUCCCAUGAAUAUUCCUUCGUCGAGAAGCACUUUCAUGCUAACAUUCGCUACACAGUCUGAGCUAGAAACAUAAUUAUUAAAUAAAGCAUAAAUAAAAGGUGUUAAUGCUAUUUUUACUCUUAUAGACUUCGUACGCUGUGCAAGAACUACCACACUCUUUUGUAUUUACUGCCGAGAGCUCUGUUCCGAAGAGGUGACAACAGAAAGUGUUAGCUGUGCGUUCCUCGAUAUGUAUUUGUUACCUGCGAUGUCAAACACGUCCAGAGGUUGAAACAGAGCGGAGCUUGUUUUUGGUGGAAACUUCUGUUUCUGGGUUGGGUACCAAAAAAUACACAGAAUUGAGUUUCGCCACGUGAUACAGUUCACUCUCGCAUACUUCCGAAGUUAAUCUGUGCAUAGCGAGCUUCGAAAUUGUUCUCUGACAACGUCCUUUAUUUUUAGACGUGCUCCUGUGUUUCGCACUGUGACAGUCAAUUCACGCCAUUAUCUUUUUCAAACGAGUCCUCAUAAUUUUACAUCUGCGACUUGUCUCGAUGUUCAUUUAUUGCUGACAAAAAUCUGUUGCCAGUCGACGUCCUCUCAAAAUGUACCAGUGACAAAGCUGAUCAACAGAUAUCACACUCUUGGAGGCAUAAAAUAUUUUCUCCUGGUAUUUUGCUAUAUAUUAAAUACACUGGAAACCGCAUAAAUAAAAUAUUAAAUGGUUAAUAAAAUCUUUUUUCUGUUGCGCUUAUUUAAAGAGCAGUUUUUUUUUAAAAGUGGAAUCUGAUUUGAAUGUAAUAAAAAAGAAAGUCACUGAUAUGAAUGAGCCAAAUGUGAUGUUUGAUGUGGAAUGCAGUACCUAAUUUUAAUUGACACUUUUAAUAUUUCUGGAUAAGAAGACAAAUUUGAAUGGACACAUCUUUGCUGUUACAAUCCUUUUUUCAUACACUUCGUAGAAAGAAUGAUUACGAUGUAAACUUGUGAAUGAUCUCAGAAGUAAAAAUGUAGUUUGAUAAGUUAUCAGUACUAUCAGUGACAGUAACACUGUCUCAAGCUUUUAGAGCAAACUUAUCACAACUUCACUCCUGGAACAGCAGAAGCAAUCGCACUGCAUGACCAGAGCCAGCAAAGAACAUUUCAUGAUGGCUUUUUGCUCAGUCCAUAACAGGUUUAAAAUUACAGCUGCAGUUAUAAUGAUAAACCAGAAAACUCAAAAUUGGACUGGAACUGUUCCAAAGUUGAUGUUCUUCUUAAAUUAGCCGACUUAGAUGUUACAGGAACUUCUUCAGUCAUAAACUCAAUGUUCUGCACCACACUUAGAAACAUCGCGCAAUCGGCGAGUCCUUGUCGGCUCGAGAAAUACGCCGUAGCCCGCUUGGCUCCUUUUCUCGGUCCCUCGAACAUUCUGUCCCCAAAAACGCCAUCACUACCGUAGCGAGAAACAAGUUAAUCACACACGGUGAAAAUGUUUGCGAGUUCUCGGUCAUACCCAUGUCAUCACACAAAUUCCUAAUUCCACAUUCUCACACGGCGUAACAUAGCAGCUAGAUUUUCUUGGCCUAAACCAAUUCUUAUUGCAGCAUCAAACUGAAUGACAGUAUAUUUUUUGUUGACAACAGUUUGUCAUGUAUUUAUUAUCAAAUAUAUGUUUUUCAUUUUGCAGGAUUACUGCGGUGUAAAGUGUCAGUUGUUAACAAUUAUUAUUAUAUGUUAUAGUAAAUAAAUGAGGAUGAAUAAGAUACUCUAUUACUGUAUAAUGUUCAAUAAAAUAUGAGGACAACAACAAAAUA